AUGAACGAAAAAGAUAACAAACAAUUAGAUCUUUCAGUAGGAGUGUUAUGUAUUUCAUUUUCUUCCCAUUAAUACGAUUAUAAAUCAAUUUUAAUUCCUAUACAAUCCCUAGUUUAACACCACUUAAAAAAGGGACACUCAGGAUUUAGAUAAAAGAAACAAUCUCAUUUCAAAGAUAAAAAGGUACGCAUAAUAAAUACAAUUAUUAGGCUGAAUGUUGUGUAAUUUGUGGAAUUGGAUUUGAAUGA